GUCAAGAGUGAACACCGUUAUCUUCCCUCCACUAACUUUAUUCCAAGUGGGGGUAUAGUUGCAAUCAAAGUAACCACGCCUGGUGCUCUUUAAUUUCUUCCAGAAAUUCACUACUUAUUCACUCGUUCCCUGGAGCUGCCUCAAGAGCUAGUCGUCCAGGAGACCUCAUAUUCAUAGACUAUUUAAUAUCGCGAGAGUCGCAUUAAGACCCUCCUGGGCUGACCACUGUUUUCUGGCUGGGAGGCAUUAAUCCAGUCGGUCACCCGCUGUCUGUCCGGGAACACGCACUGAAACAGCAAUGGAGUACCUCAAGUUUUGUUUUGUAUUUUCAUGCUGGGUGAACUUUGCUUAUUCUCUCACCUCUACCGAGACAUCCCAAGCUCCUGAGCCUAUUCCUAAAGAAAAGUUGCUGGUCUUAACUGUCGCAACAGAGGAAACAGAUGGCUUCCUGCGCUUUAUGAAGUCGGCAAACUAUUUCAACUACACUGUGAAGGUUCUGGGAAUGGGAGAGGCAUGGAAAGGUGGUGAUGUGGGUCGCUCUAUUGGUGGGGGGCAAAAAGUCAGACUACUGAAGGAGGCCAUGGAGGCUCUGGCUGACCAGGAGGAUUUGAUCAUCCUUACUGUGGAUAGCUAUGAUCUUAUCUUUGCUGGGGGACCAGAGGAGAUUCUCAGGAAGUUCCAGCAAGCCAAUCACAAGGUGCUCUUUGCUGCAGAGGGACUUAUAUGGCCAGAUAAGCGACUGGCUGAAAAAUACCCCUCAAUCCGCAGCGGCAAGCGCUACCUCAACUCUGGAGGUAUCAUCGGCUACGCCCCACACAUAAACAGAAUUGUUUCCCAGUGGAACCUCCAUGACAACGAUGAUGACCAGCUCUUCUACACUAAAUUAUACUUGGAUCCUUUAAAGCGAGAAUCACUCAAUAUGACUUUGGACCACAAGUGCCAAAUAUUCCAAAACCUGAACGGGGCAGUUGAUGAAGUGCUUCUAAAGUUUGCAACAGACCGAGUGAGAGUUAGAAACACUGUGUAUGACUCUCUGCCAGUGGUUGUCCAUGGCAACGCGAACACCAAAAUGUACUUGAACUACUUAGGUAAUUAUGUCCCCAAUACAUGGAACUACGAGCAUGGGUGUAGCCACUGCGAUGAUGACAUUGUGGACUUGUCUCAGUUAAAAGAGUAUCCAAAUGUGAUGGUUGGAGUAUUCAUCGAGCAGCCCACUCCAUUUCUUCCUGAAUUCUUCCAGCGGCUGCUGACCCUGGACUAUCCCAAAGAUAAACUCAAUCUCUUCAUCCAUAACAAUGAGGUUUACCACGAGAAGCACAUCCAGAGUUUCUGGGAAGAGAACAGGAACGUGUUCCACAGCUUCAAGGUUGUGGGACCAGAGGAAAAUCUGAGCCAAGGAGAGGCCAGGAACAUGGGCAUGGACCUUUGCCGUAAGGAUGCCACAUGUGACUUUUACUUCAGCAUCGAUUCAGAUGUGAUGCUCACCAACAGACAGACACUGAAGCUUCUCAUCGAGCAGAACAGAAAAAUAAUUGGCCCCCUUGUCACUCGUCACAGCAAGCUGUGGUCCAACUUCUGGGGAGCUUUGAGUCUGGAUGGUUAUUACGCUCGCUCGGAGGAUUAUGUCGACAUUGUGCAGAGGAAACGUGUGGGUGUGUGGAACAUUCCUUACAUGGCACAUGUAUACCUUGUCAAGGGCAGUACAUUGAGGAAUGAGCUGAAAGAAAGGAACUACUUUGUUCUGGAGAAACUAGACCCUGAUAUGUCUUUGUGUAGAAAUGCCAGAGAAAUGACAAGUCACAGAGAAAAAGACUCUCCUUCACCGGAAUCAUUCCAUAUGCUCAGGCCCCCAAAGGGAGUCUUCAUGUCCCUUACAAACCGACACGACUUCGGGAGGCUUAUUUCCACAGCCAAUUAUAACAUUUCUCAUUAUAACAAUGACUUGUGGCAGAUAUAUGAAAACCCAGUGGACUGGAAGGAGAAGUACAUCCACAAGAACUAUACUCGCAUUUUUACAGAGAACUACAUGGAGGAGCCCUGUCCAGAUGUGUUCUGGUUCCCCGUGUUCUCAGCGAAGGCCUGUGAUGAAAUAGUGGGGGAGAUGGAGCACCUGGGUUCCUGGUCUGGAGGAAACCAUGAGGACAAGCGAAUCGCCGGGGGCUACGAGACAGUGCCAACAGACGACAUUCACAUGAAGCAGAUCGGCUUUGACAAGGAGUGGCUGCACUUCAUCCGAGAGUUCAUAUCACCUGUCACAUUAAAAGUUUUCUCUGGAUACUACACAAAGGGUUACGCUAUAAUGAACUUUGUUGUGAAAUACACCCCUGAAAGGCAAGCAUACCUGAGGCCACAUCAUGAUUCCUCCACCUUCACAAUCAACAUCGCUCUCAAUAACAAAGACACAGACUUUCAGGGUGGAGGUUGCCGUUUCCACAGGUAUAACUGUUCCAUAGAAUCACCAAGGAAAGGCUGGAGCUUCAUGCACCCAGGACGACUGACUCAUCUUCACGAAGGCUUGCCCACCACCAACGGCACCCGCUAUAUCGCUGUCUCCUUCAUCGACCCUUGAACUCUCUGAUUAGACUGUAAAUUAGUUUUUUUGACCAUGCUUCAUCUUUUGUGUUGCCAUGUUUGUGUUGUUUUGUCGUUUAAACCAUAGUGCCUUUACAUGUUUUGCUGAUGCAGUUCUGUUUCAAAGCAGUUGCUUUAAAAGAAGAGACCAUUGCAUUAAAGGAAUCUCUGUCAAACAGAGUGUAGAUUAGAAAGUGACAAAAUAAGAUGCACAAGCAGGAAGAAAGAGAAACAAGCUCACAGGGUUACCGCUUUUGCUUCACACGCAUUUCCAUUUUGUUUUUUGUUUUUGGACCCCAAAAAAACAUUGUGCAAAGAUUUCCUGGUACUGUAGCUACUCCUGGCAUUUAUGAUACUGAUUUUUACACUGUCAUGGUAACCAUCAAUAAAACACAUUGGAAGCUAUGCUAGCAGUUAGCGUAACCAUGCUAGCAUGCGCCCAGUCUUUGUGUUUACAUUUGUGUUUUGGGGUGUAAUUCCCUCAUCCCAUUCAUGUCACAAAAUCAUGCCAUUAUUACUUCAAGAAUGACUACUGGUGCUUUCAACCUCCAUGUUUCUGCAUUAAGGAUUCAGGUCACUUUGAUGCAGAUUGUUUUUCUGCCCUGAGAGAGCUCAGAUUCUGUUUGUUAUUUAAAGUUUGGUUUGUGCCCGAAAAAGAAUAUAUUUUUGGAAUUUUGCACACAAGAAAAAAAAGACAGCAGAGUUCAAUGUGAGUUCUGUUCGAAUGAAGUUCAAUGUUUUGUAUUACUUGAAAGGAUUGUUUCUUUCUUUGAAAUUGGUUGGUGUCAUUUGCUUUUCUGAAGAACAUUCUGCAACUUUUUUGAGAGAUAUUUGUUCAUGGACUUUUUGACUUUUCUUCCUGAAAAGUUGUUUAACUUAUUGACAAAAUAUAAUAAAAGUCUUUU